AUGAAGGUCUCUUCUUUGAUCACUUUGAUAGCGGCCCUUGGAGCAACGGCUCUGUUGUCCUGUUGUACGUUCGCUGGCUACAAUACUGGAACUCUUUCAAAUGUUUCGAUGUUUACUGUCAAUGCUUCACAAAUUGCAAACACGAAUUUCGAUAACAGUACGGGAAAUGGAUGCAACUGUGUGGAGUUCGUAAACGGCACACUUACAAUUAAUGGGACAUCUGUGGAGAAUGGCACGAUCGAAACCGAAACUGCGUCACUGGGAACGGCGGAGUAUUAUGCUGUAUUCACCUUGAAUUACUGCGAAGGACAAUAUCUACCGAACUAUCGGGACAGCGAUGCCAGUGCUGUUCUUACUCGAUGCGAAAAGCCAUCGCUAGCAAAGCGCUUCGACCUUGCGAACAUCAUUGAGAAAGCGAUUGAGCAACUCGGAGACCUAUUGAACUUGUCAUUGGACAUGGAUGACUUGGAUUGGCCCAAUGGAAUCACGAACGCAUUCUUAUAUGUUAAAUCAGCUGGAUCGGCGAUGGUUGCAUUCUUCGUCAUCGGACUCCUGUUCCUGCUGAUAUCGGUUCUGGCGGGUGCACUGGGCCUUUUCUUGGAAAACAGAUUCGUGACAAUUCUUCUAGUCAUCAGCACGGUUCUUGCGACAUUAAGCCUCGGCAUCGGGGCUGGAAUCGCGACAGCUGUCAUCACUACAGUCGUUAAUGGAAUCAACUCGAGUGGUGACGAUAUUGGAAUCUCGGCAGAGCAAGGGAACUAUUUUGUGGCCAUGAUAUGGAUAGCAGUGGCCCUUCUCUUUCUUUCAGCGUUGACAGCUACCGUACAACUCUGUACCGGUGGCAGCAGAUCUGCGGGUGGUGGAAGAAGAGCGCAGAAAAUGAGAAUGAAGCAGCAAGAGGGUUAUGGGAUGCCCAUGAUGCCUCCCAGGUAUUACAGAGGCUCAAUGCCUUACUACAUGCCAAUGGGAAUGAAUGACGAUCCUUAUAUGGAUCCAUACUCGUCUAGAAGAAAUCUGAUGAGGGAUGACGAAUAUGACGAGUUCAGAUAG